GUGGGGGCGCCGGUGGGCUGCCACGGGGAGCGCCACCGCGGGCCACUGGGGGGCGCCCGCAUUCCCCACACAGCGGACGCCGGCGCGGGCGGCCGAUGGGGGGCGCCGUCGCCAGAGGAGCAUCGCCGCGCCGUAGCUGCUACUCCGGAAUGGAGCCCCGGUGCAGGACGCCGGCCCGCAGGCAGGCCCCCCGGGGCCCCGGGGCGGCUGCCCUUCCACUGCUGCUGCUGCUGCUGCUGCUGCUGCUGCUGCUGCUGCUGGUGUCGCCGAGGCCGGCGGGCUGCCUGGCGAGCCAAGCGCCAGGGACACCGUCUGCGCCUGCUUCCGUCGACCCUGGCGUGCCCUGUGCCCCCAGUGUCACCUGUCCCUCAGACGAGCCUCGCCGCCCUCACCAGGCCCCCACUGACCCGUCGCAGCGCGCGACCCUCCAGACCCAGACCGUGUCUGUUUCUGACGGUGACAUCAGCUUUCUCACCUGCGGCUCCUCGCAUGAGCAGGACCCCACCCUCAGGGACCCAGACGCCAUGGCUCGGCGGUGGCCAUGGAUGGUCAGCGUGCAGGCCAACGGCACGCAUGUCUGCGCAGGCACCCUCAUUUCCUCCCGGUGGGUGCUGACGGCGGCCCACUGCCUGAUCCAGCAUAACUUUACCUAUUCCGUGCGGGUGGGGAGCCCAAGGAUUGACCAGGUAUCUCCGACUACCUCUGACGUCCCGGCGUACCAGGUUAUCUUGAACAAACGGUACCGGCCCCAUCGGUACUGGUCCUGGGUGGGCCGGGCCCAUGACAUUGCCCUCCUCAAGCUCGUGUGGCCACUCAAGUACAACAAGUAUGUCUGGCCCAUCUGCCUGCCCGGCUUGGACUACGAGGUGAAGGACGGCUCCCUCUGCACUGUAACAGGCUGGGGACUCCCCAGGUUUGACGGCGUGUGGCCCCAGUUCCGGACCAUUCAGGAGAAGGGAGUCACCGUCCUGAGCAGCAAGGAAUGUGACAAGUUAUACCACAAGAUCUCCAAAGUCCCCUCUCUGGUUCGGGUGGUGGACUCCCGGAUGGUCUGUGCAGAGGACUUGGACAGGGAGAACUUCUGCUACGAGAUAAGUGGUGAGCCCUUGGCCUGUUCUGUGGACACCACGUGGUACCUGGUGGGACUGGUGAGCUGGGGCCCGGGCUGCCGGAAGAGCGAGGCCCCGCCCAUCUACCUGCAGGUCACCUCCUACCAGCGCUGGAUCUGGGAACGCAUCAGUGGGCAGGCCCUGCCAGCCCCAUCCCGGGCCCUGCUCCUGGUGCUACCACUGCCCCUCAGCCUCCUUGCUGCCCUCUGACAGCCUCGUGCUGUCCCCCCGGGGGGCCAUCCUCACCCUCUGGGCCCAGAAUGCUGCAGGUGUAGCUCUCCCCACCCGGCAGGGCAGGGCAGAGAUGAGGUGCUCAAUUAAACGCUUCUCUUCCCCAA